UUUGUUGGGUUGGAGCAACCAUACUCGACUUUAGACUUGGUUAUUCUCAGACCUGGAAGAUGUGUUCAGUUGUUCUGUUGGACCAAUCAGUUUAUAGGCCAUGGAGUAUUUGAGAAACGAGCACCGGCUUUGUUAGACAAUCUUGCCCAAGUCUUUCUAAUGGCUCCAUUCUUUGUAUUUUUGGAGGUUCUUCAAAGUUUAUUCAAAUAUGAACCAUGCCCAGGAUUUAGUGCGAGUGUGCAAGCGAAGAGAAAAGCAGAUAUCAAAGAGUGGAAAAAAAAGAAGGAAAAGCUGUCAUAGGUUGAAUUGCCUAAAUUUCAAGACAACUCUUGCCUAGGAUCUCCCUUUGUAGAAGUAGUACGAAGAGAAAACUACUUCAGUUGAACAUUUUGAAAUCUUUUUGUUAAUAUUUGUUAAUAUUUGUUAGGAAUCUCUACCAUGGUAUGAUAUUGUCCAUGA